UGGGCGGCGCCCUGUCGCCCGCGGCCUUUCUGCUUCCACGACCUCCUCCACGCCAAUCCGCGGUGUGCUCACCUACGUCCCUUCAGCCCCCCUCGUGGGCGAUGUAGGCGUCGCCGACCCAUACGCACUCGUCUCGGCGAACGACAGGACACCCGGUCCCCUGCCCCACUGGUCAGGCUUGGCCGUCAGCACCCACAAGAGACCCACACCACCACCCCCUACAACCAGAAACGCGAUAAUACCCGCGGCGACCCAUUCCAGGGUGCUGUACGAGGCCGGCGGGACGCUGGUGGUAGUCGUGUUGGUUUCUUCUUUGUCUGGUGUUGCAGCGACGUCACCGGACUGCCCCCUGAUGGCGGAGGGGGGCUGGUCUGUGUGUGUGUCGGUGUCGCGUGAGGGUGAGGGUGAGGAGGGCGACCUGACUUCGUAGUCGGGGCCUGUCUCUUUGUCCUUGCUGAUGGCGCCUGUCAUACUGCCGGGUGGUUUGUCCACAACGCCUUGGUGAGCUGACGGCGGUCGCGUUGUCGUGGGUGUCGCCUCCUUGGGUGGUGCUUUACUCGAUGAGGAUGACGACAGAAACGCAUUACCCUGGUCGGUCGGCUCGUCAGUGUCGUGGUAGUUGUCCUCAUUGUAGUAAUACUCCUUCAGGUCAUCAGGCACCUCCGUCUGCUGCGGCACGUCUGGGGGAGCGGGUGGUGGUGUCGGCGGCGGCUGCGUGUGGGGCCGUCGUGGCUGCUGAGGGUCGGGCGGUUGUUGUGGUGGCUGUGGCGGGUCAGCAUCAAAGACGGGUGGGGGAUAGAUGGUGACGUCGUCCUCGUCGUCGACAUACUCACCCACCUGUUCCAACAGCUGACCAAUGUCCUGCCCCGUGCUCUCGCCGCCCUGUCCAUCACCCGCAUCGCCACCUCCAUCUCCCGUCGAGCGGGGCGGAGCACCAUUACCAUCAUCACCGCCCUCGCCCUCGCCAGAGUCAGCCGCACCGCUCGGCCCGUACACCUCCCAGGGCUUGUCUGGCAUCUGGUCGCCACCCUGCCCGUCGCCUGGUUGUGGCGGGUCCUCAUGGCCCUCCGGAUGGCUGUUGCCGCCGCCAGGACGUCGCCCGGUCUGGGGCGGCGAAUUCCACUCCCCUUCUGGGACGCUCUCAGUCUGUGCCUGGGGCACCCGGGGUGGCUCCUGGGGGACGUCCUCAUCAGGAGAGGGGGGCUGAGUCUGUGGGUCAGGGGGUGGUGUCUGGGGGUUUUCCUUGCCGUGGUCACGCAGAUGUGCUGGCGGGCGGAACUGAGGCUCCUCGGUCCUCUUCCGUGGCUUCUUUGGCCCGGCGGAAGAGGGCGGGAUGGGCGGCAUGCCCGGCACCGAAGGGCGAAGGCGUGGCUCCCCAUCUUCCCACUCGUCGAAGUAGUCGACGAUCGCCCGGCACUUGGCGAGGACGGCCCGGCCUUUCUUGGUCUGGAUGAACCGCUGGUACUUCUCUGGGUGCCGUUGAGGCCUCCGUGAUGGCUUGGCGGUGGGGGGAGGGGGACUGCUCUCCUCCUCCUCACUUCCUUUACUGUCGCCCCCGUCCGGCUGGUCUUGUUCGGCCUCCUUUGGGGAGGGUGCGAAGGGCGACUUCUUGACCUUGCGGCAUGAGCAAAUGACGUCAUCACCCCCGCGCUCCUCCAUCUCUACCCACUCGGCCGUGGCGGUCUCUGUGUGUGAGGGAGAAACAGAAAGAACCAUUGGUGUCGGUUGGAUUGGGUGUGGUGUUCUCUCACUGAGCCACAUCACAUACCGUUUGUGCCGCUCCCAUCGAGGGGUUUGCCGAAGGCGGGAGGGGCCUUUGUUGUCGGUGCCGCGGUCGUGUCACGCGACGGCACGGCGAACAGCUUCUCGUCCUUGCUCUCCUUGGCACCGUUGUGGUUUGCUGACAUCACAUCGACAGGUCAUGUCAUGUCAUGCAGAUGUCGUCGUCACUGCAUCAUACAUACGCCUACCUUGUCCUUCCUUCGGCUCUGGUUGAACUGUCGUAUUGGGAGGCGCCUUGUCGUGUUGAUCAUCUUGGUCAUUUUGGUUGUCUUGGUGUUCAUCAAUAUCCGGUUUGCCCCACAUGUCGCCCUCGUCUGCCCGAGAGGGAGGGAGGCCGAACACACUGCUGAUGUCCUCAACAGGCCGACGAGAAGCUUCCGUCUCUGCGGCGCGAACACACAUACACACACACACAGCCGUGCCGGAGCGUGUCGGCCUCUAUCUAUGAUCAUGCUCACUCACCGGAAUCAGCUCUCGGCGAUGGGCUCGGUUGUUGGUCGCCGCUCGUGUCGUCAUCCGCCGGGUCUUCAGGAGGCUUGCCCCACGAGUUGUCAUCGCCUUCGUCUGCCGCCGGGCUGACAGUGUGUAACAAGAACACACCGCUGUCGCCUGGAAAGGAACAGACAUAUAAGAGAAGCGGCCCACCUCAGCCCAGUUCAGCCCGUCCGCUGUAUGUGUCCGUUGUCUGACCUUCUGAAGGCGCUGGCGCGAGGUGGCGACGGUUGAGGAGCUGCAGGGCGACGAGUGGGGAGUGCGUCCGGCACGGAUGUGUGCAGAUGAGGAGAAACAGGGACAAAAUGACGCCCAGGCCGCGUCGACGCAUCUAAU